AUGGGAGACGCCACUCCCCCAGACAUCACCGCCUUGCGUAUACAAGGAGACUCGCCCACCACCUCCGACCCUUCUUCCCCCUCUCAAUCCCCGCACCCGACCCCAAACGACACCACAUCCCCGCCCCCGCCACAGCCCCGUCCCUCGCCCCAACCAGUCGCCUCUGCGCCCGUCAUCCCCACAGGCCGCGCCCCACCAGGCGCCGCAGGCCGCCCACCAGCAGGCAGGGGUAUGCCAGCUCCUAUGGGUAUACGAGGCGCUCAGGCCGGCCGCGGAGGCCCAGGCGGACAAAUGCCUGCCAAGAUGCUCCCCAGUUUGCAGGCCAAAAUGGACAAGAUCGCAGCAUCUCGCCAAGGGCCGCCUCCCUCGACCGGCGCGGCUGACCCCAACUCGACCUCCAUGGGAGCCCUGCUCCGGUCGCAGGCGCUCAAAGCACCAGGUUCGUCCCCGAAUCCCUCGCCGGGCCCUGCGUCUGGCCCCUUCGGACUCGCUGCACGGAGAGCGGCGGGAGGCAAUGGCCCGCCAAGGCCAAAUUUGAGUAUGAUGGGUAUGGGGGCCAGUGCGCCGGCAGUCGGACGAGGUGGUGGACUCGCAGGCAGACGAGGGCCCCCGGGUGGCUUGACGUUGAGUGGCAUGAAGGGCGCGCCAAAGGAUGAAGGAAACAAGUUUGCAGACUUUCAAAGUGUCGUCGAUCCCUCAGGCUCAUUGAGGUUCUCCAAAAAGGCCGUUCUCCACGCCAAGGGUGUCGACUUUGACGACGGACAGUCGUUCAAGAUCAAUAUGGACGAGAUCGAGGUCCUCGGCGAGUUGGGCAAGGGCAAUUAUGGCUCAGUCCAUAAGGUUUUGCAUCGCCCUACCGGCGUACUUAUGGCUAUGAAGGAGAUCCGCCUCGAGCUCGACGACUCCAAGUUGAGCGGUAUCAUCAUGGAGCUCGACAUUCUCCAUCGCGCCAAAUCGCCAGAGAUCGUCGAGUUCUACGGUGCUUUCACCAUCGAAAGCUGUGUGUAUUACUGUAUGGAAUACAUGGACGCUGGAUCGCUGGACACUCUCACGGGGGGAGGUGUGUCUGCAAAGGACCAGAAUGCAGAAGAAGUAGAAGAUGCGACUACAAGAGUACCCGAACCGGUACUGCGCAGGAUCUCUGCAGCUGUAGUCAGGGGUCUGGGCUUUUUGAAAGAUGAUCUGCAGAUCAUGCACCGAGACGUCAAGCCGACAAACGUGCUGAUCAACAAGAAGGGCGAGAUCAAGCUGUGUGAUUUCGGAGUGUCGGGGCAGUUGGAAAAAAGUUUAGCAAAGACCAACAUUGGUUGUCAGUCAUACAUGGCUCCCGAGAGGAUCAAGUCUGAAACUGUCAACCAAAAUCCAACCUACACAGUCUCAUCCGAUGUUUGGUCUGUUGGUCUGUCCAUCGUCGAGCUCGCCAAGGGCUGUUACCCCUACCCGCCUGAAACGUUCGCCAAUGUGUUUGCACAGCUGCAAGCUAUCGUGCACGGGCCGGCGCCCACUUUGCCUCCGGGUUAUAGCGAUGAUGCGAACGAUUUCGUCGCCAAGUGUCUCCACAAAGACCCGAAUCAACGACCGACUUAUGCCCAGCUUCUUGAACACCCAUUCUUAAUCAAGGACAAAUCCGAAGACGUGGAUAUCGUCGGAUGGGUGGAGGCUGCUCUAGCCAGAAAAGCAGAAAGAGGGAUUGCCAGCUUGAACCCUAUCGAGCUGGCGUAA